AUGGAGCCCGACGAAGAAGAAUUGGCGCUGUUGCGUUCUGUAAUGAGCAGUUUCUUCGUGUAUCGACAGUUUCAGCACACUGUUGUUCAACAAAAACGUAAAAAUAUGUCAAUGCUUCCAGAACAUCAAUUGGAGCUGCUGUUAGAGGGAGCAUUGGAAACAAAGUUCCUAGAGCAUUUAUCUGAUGUCGACAGCUGUAUCGACAAAAAUGCAUGUUUUUGGAAACCGUUAUACGUUCCAACGCGUCUGUGUUUAUGCCGGAUUUCGAUGAAACAAAGUUGGAGCGCGUCGAUAUGGAUCAAAUGCAACUGCUUUGUAGUUCCAUAAAACAGCUUGUUCGUGACUGGAGUGCGGAAGGUCAGCGCGAACGUGAUCUAUCGUACAAACCCAUUGUCGACGAGUUGGAACGUUUGUUCCCCUUAGAAGAAUUUGACAGAAGCAAAGUCUCUGUGCUCGUUCCUGGCUGUGGCCUUGGACGACUUCCGUUUGAGAUUGCUGUGAAGGGGUUUGCUUGUCAAGGCAAUGAAUUAUCUUACUACAUGCUGCUAACCUCCCAGUUCAUGCUGAAUCAUACGGCAGAAGUGGAUCAAUUUGAAAUUCAUCCUUUCAUUCACACGUUUUCCAAUCACAAGUCUCGAGAAGAUCACGUUCGAGGAAUCACCAUUCCGGACAUCGUUCCCGAAAAGUCCUUAAACAACAAUCCCAACUUCACCAUGUCAGCUGGCGACUUUGUCGAUGUGUACGGAAGCAAAGAUUGUGCCAAUGAGUGUGAUGUUUUGGCUACGUGUUUUUUCAUUGACACGGCGAAAAACGUAAUCGAUUAUCUGGAAGCUAUUGCAAACUGUUUGAAAGAGGGAGGCUAUUGGAUCAACUUGGGCCCCUUACUGUAUCAUUUCGAAACAAGUAACGUCCCCUCCAACAGCCCGGAAGAACCUGGACCAAAAGCCGUGCCAACUCUUGAGCUUACACUCGACCAACUGUUCUGUGUGAUGAAGAAAAUGGGGUUUGAAAUUCUCCAGCACCGUGAACUCUCAACAGGCUACAUGGGUGACGAAAGAAGUAUGAUUGAGUGGAUCUAUCAUCCACACUUUUGGGUCGCUCAACUGGUCAGAAAAAGCUAG